ACGGUUUCCAUAUUUUCGGGCUUCAAAAAUUGGGAGUCAGCAGAGCACAGAGACCAAACUCGCUCUCGGCGAUGGAGGAGCAAGGAAACACCAACAACAACAGCAUCAAGCAGAGCAACGCCAUGAAUGGCCAUGUCGACACCUCCAAAUCUGACAGAGCAGUGUGGCUCAUGAAAUGUCCACCCCUCGUUUCUCGCUCCCUCUAUGCCCCUCCCUCCGACCCUUCCCGCCCCGUCGCUAAGGUCGUCGUCUCCAUCGACCCCCUCAACUCCAACGACGACGAUUCUUCUCCCCAGUUCACGAUGGAGUUGGCUGGAACUGAAUCUGGAAAUAUACCCAAAUGUUAUGCCAUGGAUAUGUCUAAAGACUUCAUUCCCAUGUCUGUGUUUUCAGACACGCAGCAAGGAAAGAUCUCUGUGGAGGGAAAAAUACUGAACAAGUUUGACAUGAGGCCCCAUAAUCAAAGUCUUGAGCUAUAUGGGAAACUCUGCCGUGAAAGGACAAACAAAUAUAUGGUCAAAAAUAGACAGAUACAGGUUAUUGAUAAUGACACUGGGGCUCAUAUGAGGCCAAUGCCAGGGAUGAUCAGUUUUUCGGUUUCUGGACCUUCUGAUAAGAAGAAAACUCAAGCCAAAACAACAGAGAUGAAGAGAACAAGAAGAGACCGUGGCGAAAUGGAAGAGAUUGUGUUCAAGCUAUUUGAAAGGCAGCCCAAUUGGAGUUUAAGAAACCUCAUACAAGAAACCGACCAACCUGAACAAUUUCUGAAAGAUAUACUGAAAGACCUAUGUGUCUACAAUAACAAAGGAACUAAUCAAGGCACCUAUGAACUGAAGCCUGAAUACAGAAAAUCUGGCGAUUAAGCAACAUCCAUAGCUUUUGCUUUUGCUGAUCAAAUUGUUAACACCCUUUGCCUAACUGAUAGAUUACUAUUUCAAUUUCUUGUGGUUGCGAAAUAGAACAGGAUUGCAUGGUACUCAAAGGCUAAAAUUUACCCCAGGCACACAUUCAUGUUUCUUUUGGACUUCAUUGUGCACAAUAUUUCGUAGAUUUUAUGACAUCAGUAUAUACUUUUUCCUCUUA